CCACGACCCAGGCUACGCCCCUGUCUCCGCCUCCUCUCCCCUUCCCUUGUCUCCUUCGCCUGUCUCCUUCGCUUGCCCCCUCCCCCCCCCCCUUGCUGUCCUUUCCCCUGGCUUGGAGUCAAAUGUCUGGCCUGCCGAACAAGGGCGGGCAGCCGCCCCCCUUGGCCGCCGGUUUAGCCCGAUCCCGGCUCCCAAUAAUGGCCACGACCAUGGGUCUAGGCCGGUCAGGCAGUACCGGCUCGGCCUCGCUUUCACACAGUACCACGUCAUGGGACUUCCGUCGGCCGUCAUCUCUGGCGUCCGGCAGCGGGCUGGUCAAAAAGAACCCGUCCGUGCCUGCCCUCCAGUCGGCUUCAACUGGCCCUCGGGCUGACAUGGAUUCGGUGUCCUCCCUCCAGCGUAGCCUUGUCGAAACAGCCCGCGCAGCGGGGCCACCAUCGGCGGGCUUGCGCGAUCCCACCCCGACUCCCGCACUUCCCACCGACAAUCUUCUGUUUAGUGCACAACAAACGAGUCUCGGGCUCAAUCGCCAAGUGUCGAGUGUUGCCAGCCCUGCGUCAGGCUCGGGCCUCCCGAAGCAGGGCACAUCCUGCGAUGGUGCCCCGACAGCACGUUCGGCCGCCUGUGCGCCAGAUCUUGCUCCCCGGUCGCCGACCAGCGAGGUCCUCGGGUCCCUGGCCUCCAAACGCCCAGCCGCAAACUUCAAGCGCCUCAACCUCUCCAAGCGUGGUCGCGGAUUUGGCGGUCGAUCAGCUCGCGGUGGGCGCUUUUCCGGAGGCCCGGCCUCUGGUUGGCACGAUCGCCGUGCCCCGACAUCCAGCGAGUCCGAUCUACAUUUUGAUGCUGAGAUCGAAAAUGAGGACGACAUCGAGGAGUCCCACGCCUCGGAGGCGGACCCCGAUGCGCCGGCCGGCCUCCGCCGGGGGUUUGGCUCCGGCACUGAGGCAGACCUGUCCGAGUGGAUGGACAUCGCUGAUGCCUCGGCUGCCAUGUUCGAGCUGGCUCCCCUGAGUCGGCUGACAGUCCCUGAGGCUCAAAGCCACCUGCGCCAGCGUCAGGGCCCACUCCGAGAUGGCGAGAUGCAGGCUGCCCUGAAUGUACUUCGCGAGGCCGGUCUCUUGGGCGAGGAUCCCCUGCUUGGCUCCGAGAUGGCCUGCCUGGAGGCCUUGUUUAAUGGGGCCCGGGCGGGCGCCCUGCUCCACACAGUCCAGCGACUGGACCAGCUAACUCGGGCCGCGCGACUUGCUUGCCUGCUGCUUCGGUCUCGGUGCCUCGAGCUUGGCGCGGCCACCGGCGCGCCACGGCCAUUGUCCAUUAUCGUCGUUCCAGACGACCCAGCCGCCGAGCAAGAGGCCAGCGCCCUGCGCCAGCUUGGCCUGAGUGUGCUCACCCCCGGAUCUCCAGACACCCCCGGGCUCUUGGCCCGCCUGCUUGAACGCUCGGUUGAUGUGGUUGUUCUCUCGGCUCUCCGUGUCAAUAGCCCUCUUCUGGCAUGGUCCGCAGACAUGGCCGGACACCUGCAUCAUGACCGCACCCUGGCGGCACAUGCUCGAGAGACCGGCCGAAACGGGCUUUUCCCCGAAGCCUCCUUCGUGUAUCUUGCCGGCAGUGAGCAUGCUCACCCGCUGUCCGCCACUUUCAAACCGGAAUUCCUGCGCGCCGUGACCAGCCUGCGAUCUGGCAUCCACCUGGGGCCAGUUCGCCUGGACUCGGCCACCAUCCUGUCAGCAUCCCUGCCUCUUGGCCGGGCUUCGCUUGAGUGGACCGCCCGGACCAUGUGCUCGAACCCGGGGCAGACUCCCCCCCAGGUGUUCCCCUGCCCGGCCCUGCCCAACAAUGUGACCCUCACCGCGCAUGCUUGCUCAAAUCAGAAUGCCUUCCUCCUGGACCUUCUGGUGCUGCCACAUCCCGAGCUCGGGGUCAAAUACUCCCUGGACGCUGGGCAGCUGAGCAACUUGCCCGAGCUGGCCCCGGCCCCCGGCCUCCCGGCUCCCGGGGCGCCUGCUUCGGCUCCGGUGCUGGUCCUUUGUGAGCGUCGUGAAACCGCUGACUCGCUGGCUGAGCUGCUUCGCAACCGGCGCCGUGCUGGCCACUGUGUGUCCCUUCAUGCUGGCAUGAGCCUGGAUGAACGGGCUCGCCUCGCCACAUCCAUUCGCAACGGCCUUGUCAAUGUGGUCAUCUCCACCCCCCAAACCAGCCUCAACAUGAGCGCCCAGUUGGGCCGCCAGCGCCGGCGAGGCGCCUUCCGUGCGAUCAUCUAUCUUAAUGCCCCCCCCUCGCCCGAUCGCCUGGUGUUGGAUGCGGCGCAUUUGCUGGACCCCGACGGCGUCGGGACGCUGCUGCUCCUGCCAGAAGCCGCGGCCGAUGCCAUGGCCACCCUCCGUAAGACGGCCAGCCAAAUUGCCCGCUUCUCCCAAGGACGCUUUCACUCGUCGCGCUUCCGCGAGGAAACACUCGCCCAUGUGUGCACGCUGCUUGGCGAUGCCACAGCCGGGCCUUUGGGCGAGGCAUUGGCCCCCGGCAGUCGAGUACUUCACGUGCCGGGGAGCAGGCCGGUUCUACUGGCACCCACCGCCGCUUUGCAGCACACCCUCAAUGUGGAUUCGUAUGCCCUGGACUAUUUGCUCGCAGCGGCCGGGUCCCUUGCUGGCCCGAGUGCCGGGACUCGGACCGCUCCUUGGGUUCCCCGGCGAGUGACUUUCCUGGUGCGCGAUCCCGGGCAGCUCCGGCGUCUGGCGGUACCGGCCUUGCUGCGUCUGCGCGCGUCGGGCCCCGAGCUGGCCACACUUGGAGAACACCUUACGCGCAAUUCAUCCGGCCGGCCGAUCGACCAGCCGGCUGAUCUGCUGGCAUGGCGCAUCUUCGCCGAGAAUACCUUCGCCCCGGGGAUCCUGGCCGGUUUGGAAGCCGGCAUCGGACGCGAACACCCAGCAGCCGGGCUUGCUGUGGGUUUGCUAUUUGCUCCGCUGCCCGGCCUCCUUGUUCGGCGCAUGGCAUCCGGCCAGCGCCGAUCGGCUGGCGCCCGUCGUCGAACGAAGAUCCGCGCCGCGACCGACCCUGACCCGGAACCCGAGGGCAGCUCCGAUCCCCUGGAUACCGGCAUGUCGGAUUUGCAAUUCCUGUUGACUGUGGACACUUGGGUCCUGGCGGAGUUCCUCGCCACGCACUUCCCAGAGGGGCUUCCCUGCACGGCCGGCUCCAUGGCUCUACGCCAGUGCCUACUUGGCGCCGGCGGUGGCGCCGAUCAGCCGCAAGAAGCUGACGCUCGACAGGCAGUCGCCGGCCUGCCAAGCGGGCUCUCAGCCGUCCUCAGCCAGUUGGCUCAACUUACGAGCCUGGGCGUUGUGCAGCCGCCGAGGUUGGCGCGCGGUGCCCGAGCCCCUCGGCCUCCGACCGACCCACGCGCGGACCCCAUUGUGGCUCGUGUGUUGACCAUUUCGGAGCCGUGUGUCAUGGUGCGCCUGGCCUCCCGACAAAUCCCCACCCCAGGCGCUCCCGGUGAAGAGGAGCCCGCCGUUGAGCGGCUGACCUUUGCCUUUGACGCGUUGGAUGCCCGGCUGUCACGACAGGCACAAGUGAUGGCUGAGCUGGCUACCUUCGCCGGAUAUCGCAGUGGCCCCUCGACUGAUCGGGAGUCCUUCAAUGUCACCAUGCUCCUCAAUGGCCAUGCGACAGAGACGGCCCUUGAGGAUGCCAUUGCUCAGAUGCCUUGGUCGCACUUGAUCACCGGGAAGAACAUCGGCGGUAUCCCCUUCGAUGAUGAUGCGAAUGAUGAUGCCUACUUCUUCUCCUCCGGCCCAUCUCCGGAUCCUGGCGAUCCCCAAUCCGAGGAAGAGAUGCUGCAGCAACUGUCCAAGCGGGAUCGAGUGCUGCUCUGGCUCGAUGUUCGAGUGUUCAUCACCACUCAUCUGAAAUCGAUCCUCUCCAUGCCGGCUGUCGUGAAGGAGGAACAUGCCCAAGUCAACCCAGAGGCCCCUGCCUUCUUGCCGCAGGAUGUCAUCGAUCGGAUCGCCCAUUCCGUGGCCAUGAUUUUCUCCGGAAUCUCGUCACCCCAAUUCCCGGCGGCCGUCUGGGGCAUCAACAAUCACUGGGGCCGCUGGGCGCACCUGCCCUUUGCUCUUGUUCGUGCGGUCUGCACCCGGCAUCUCAUUUCGAAGCAUGGCCCGGAGGUGGCCAGCGCUGUGACGACGGCCGACACCACUGCCACCACUGCCCCGGAGACCGCCCGUGGCGAUCGGUCGACCUGACCCCCGCAAGAUUGACACACCCGCCUUGCAAUAGAAACAGCCACCAAAAGCAGACCCGGG